CGCCGCCUAGAAGUGACUUCUCCAAAAAGUGUCUUAGUUCCCGGUCACCUGAGCUUCGGGCGACGCUGCUGCGGUAGCUUCGCGGAUACACGCCCUUUGCGGGUCCUGCCUGGCCACCCCGCCCUCUCUUUCCAGCCUCUCCGCUUCGCCUUCCCGACCCCUCCAAGGGCCUGUCCUCUGCCUCCGGUCCUUUCCGAGUCGCGAGCGGGACCGGGCCGAGUUGGGCCGUCAGGGCGCGGUCUCAGACCAUGGCGUCCCUCUUCAAGAAGAAAACCGUGGACGAUGUAAUAAAAGAACAGAAUCGAGAGUUACGAGGCACACAGAGGGCUAUAAUCAGAGAUCGAGCAGCUUUAGAGAAACAGGAAAAACAGCUGGAAUUAGAAAUUAAGAAAAUGGCCAAAAUUGGUAAUAAAGAGGCUUGUAGGGUUUUAGCCAAACAGCUUGUACAUCUACGGAAACAGAAAACAAGAACUUUUGCAGUAAGCUCAAAAGUCACGUCUAUGUCCACACAAACAAAGGUGAUGAAUUCCCAGAUGAAGAUGGCCGGAGCAAUGUCUACCACGGCAAAAACAAUGCAGGCAGUUAACAAGAAGAUGGAUCCACAAAAGACACUACAAACAAUGCAGAAUUUCCAGAAGGAAAAUAUGAAAAUGGAAAUGACUGAAGAAAUGAUCAAUGACACACUUGAUGACAUCUUUGACGGAUCUGAUGAUGAAGAAGAAAGCCAGGAUAUUGUGAAUCAAGUUCUUGAUGAAAUUGGAAUAGAAAUUUCUGGAAAGAUGGCCAAAGCUCCAUCAGCUGCUCGAAGCUUACCAUCUGCUUCUACUUCAAAAGCUACCAUCUCCGAUGAAGAGAUUGAGCGACAACUAAAAGCUUUAGGAGUAGAUUAAGUCAACAAAGGCAUAUUAUUUUUGCUUACUUAUAAUAAUUAUUUAUAAUUAUGAGCCAGGCACAGUGCAAAUUCCUUUUACAAAACACAUUUAUUAUUAUUUGGCAAAAUGAAGACCAUGAGUGAACAGGUGUUUCCCAACCCCCUGGUUAUUUUGGAUCUUUUGCCAAAGAAUGACAAUGAUGUGGAAAUGGGAACAGUUUGGAUUUUAAUUAGAACUAUUUAGGAGCGAUGAUGUGUAAAAGGUUAACUUUUCUGCAUAACACAGAGAACUUAUAUUCAUUACUUAAUGCCAAUUUAUGUUCUAAAUCUUUUUACAUUGAAUACAAAAAUCUUGUUUAAUGCCAGUAGGCACCCAUUUAAAGAGACUUGUAAAAACAUUAAAAGUAUAUCAUUAAUUCUGUAUCUGUUGCUUGUCCUUUGUAGGCAGUUAUGUGUUAUGACCAUAGGUGAAUCUGCUGUCAAGUUAUUUUUAAGUGAUCUAAAAGGAGAGUGCUACUUCAACAUUCGUCUUAAACAAAAACUGUCAUCAACGUUUUCUUUUCAUUUUUUCCUUGGGGAGAAUAUUCUAUUCCUUAGUACCUUUCGAACUCUGCUUGUCUUAAAUAGCACAGACAUAUUGUGCACAUCUUUAAAUUAUUUUAAUGGACAAAAAAGAAUUACAUUUUAAAAUAAUUGAGGCCUAUUACAAAAGUCAUGCAGGCUCUUUUUUGUAAUGCUUAGAA